CUUGCCCUGUCUUUGCCAGUGCCGAUCGUUGCUUGACUCUCAAAAUGAAGUCGGCAUUUGUCUUUCUAGCAUCCAUGCUGGCGACGCUGUCGCUGGCUGCCCCGGUCCAGGAUGUUGCUGUUGCUCGGUCUGAGCCGACUGAUCUGCCGCGUCUGGUGAUUUACUUCCAGACGACGCACGACCAGAACAACAACCCCAUCUCGAUGCUGCCGCUCAUCAACGAGAAGGGCAUUGCGCUGACGCAUCUGAUUGUGUGCUCGUUCCACAUCAACCAGGGCGGCGUCAUCCAUCUCAAUGACUUUCCCCCGGAUGACCCUCACUUUGCUACUCUGUGGAACGAGACUGUCAUCAUGAAGCAGGCCGGCGUCAAGAUUAUGGGAAUGGUUGGCGGUGCUGCUAGCGGAUCCUACAGCACUUCUACUCUGGAUUCUUCAAACAGUACCACCUUUGAGCACUACUAUGGCCAGCUUCACGACCUGAUUGUCAACUUUGAGCUCGAGGGCAUGGACCUCGACGUCGAGCAGCCCUUUAGCCAGAGCGGCGUCAACCGUCUCAUCUCCCGCCUGAGAUCCGACUUUGGACCCGACUUCCUCAUCACCCUGGCCCCCGUUGCGACGGCUCUGGAGAACAGCGCCAACCUGUCCGGCUUCAACUACAACCAGCUCCAGACCGACGAGGGCUCCUCCAUCGACUGGUACAACACGCAGUUCUACAGCGGCUUCGGCACCAUGGAGUCGCCCAACGACUUCAUCAACAUUGUCAACACCGGCUACUCCCCCGACAUCAUUGUCGCCGGACAGCUGACCACGCCCAACGACGGCGGCGGCUGGAUCCCCACGGCCGAUCUCAACAACACCAUCAUCACGCUGGACCAAACGUACGGCCAGAUCGGCGGCGUCAUGGGCUGGGAGUACUUCAACUCGCUGCCCGGCGACACCAGCGCUCCCUGGGAGUGGGCGCAGAUUGUGACUGAGAUUCUGCGCCCUGGCCUGACGCCCGAGCUGAAGAUUACGAAGCAGGAUGCUGCGCGUCUGCAGGCUGCUUAUGCGACGAGCGUGGCGGCGAAUGGCGGCAAGGAUAAGAGCUUUGCGGCGAAGCCUAGUGUGAACUACUCGAAGUGGGUGAAUGCGUAGAGCGGUUUAUUUUGAAGCACUAGAGAAGAGAUGGGUGGUAUUUUGUAAAUACAUAUUCUUGAAUACAUAUCUUGGUUAUACGAACAAUUACCUGGCACAUGAAAGCCAUGGGCCAGAAAGAAUAACAAAAAAAAUUGACAAUGCAACUACUGCUCG